UCACCCGCUCCCACUGAUACCUCAGGACGACGUAUUGAGCGCCUGCUCUACUCUCCCCACUCUCUCUCUGCUCCUUCUCUACACAGACCACGCUCUUUGCUUUUUAUCACACGCGCUCCGCCAACAACUCAUUACACCCAAACCCACAUCAUGGUAGCCAUCCCCGCUCGCCCUCAUCAACGCCAGCCUCUGCAGCACAUGGCCAACGACGCUCCUCGAGCUUCUGGCCGAGCCAUCAUGGCGAAGAAGAAGGUCUAUCAGGCCUCACAGGCGAGCAUGGCCCUCCUCAACCCAGCCUACGCCAUGGGCGUCGAAAUGGAACACUCCUGGAGCGACUCGAGCUCCAUCUCUUCCUCGUCCAAGCAGUCUCAGUCCAAGUCGCACCAUCAGUCUCCCUCAUCAUCGCGUCACGCCUCGCAGCCAUCCAACGCGUCGUCGUCAUCGUCGUCACGCGGCGGCUACAUUGAGGACCCUACACCAGAGCUCGAGGCAUUCACCAUGCAAGACUUUUCCGCUGCAGCCCUCGUUCGCCACCGUACGGGUCGCAACGACGACGGCGACGACGACGAUUAUGCCGACGAGUGGUCAACCUCUCCAUCUCACCGCAAGAAUGCGACGAUGGGAUCCUUCUUCGAAGACGAUGCAGACGCAGCAUCGCCCAAGCUCUCGACUGGUCGCAAGGUGGCAUUCCGCGUACGAGGUGGCUCGCAAGACGCCACAAAGGAGAUGAUGGCCGCAAGGCAGGGCGGCAGUGGCGGCAAAGCAGCAUCCAACUACGGCUCUUCAGCAUCGUCACCCCUCGCUCGCCUCUUUGGCUGGAAGCGCGGCAACAAGAAGAACAACGGGCAAGCAUCGCCUUCAUCAGAUGUCUUUGACUCGCAGCCUAUGAGCGCGCCCGCGCAUAUCACGACCUUUGAUCGAUCCAUGCCUCCUCUGAGCGACUCUGCCUCAAGCACCGCUGGCUCUCUGCCUCCUACCCCAAUCGGCGGCGCCGUCAUGACUCUGCCUGGUGGUAGCCCCAUCAUGCCUCAUCGCAAGGGCGGCCCUCCGCCUCGUGGUAUCCUCCGCAAGCAGAGCGCUCCUAUGCUGCGCGCAGCCUCGGAGGAUGUUGCUCGCGCUCCUUCUCCCCAGCCAGAGUUGGAAGAGCCCAUGAUCAUGCUGCCUCCUCGCUCAGCUGAGGCGCCGCCUUCGCUGCCCUCGAUGCACUUUGCCCCUCUUCGCAGCAAGGCAAGCGACUCGUCUCUGCGCAAGGUCGGCGGGCGACAAGGACCGCCUUCUCCGCUCUGGACACCGAGCAACGUCACCCGCUCCUCAUCGACCGACUCGCAGUCUAGCUUCACCGAACGUCGAUACUCAACCGUAGGACGAGGCGUAGCCCGCAACAGGUCCGACGCCAGCCUCACCAGCAGCGCGAGCAGCCACAGCCUUGCUCUAUCCUCCAAUAGCUCCAUCCGCCGCAAGCCCGUCGAUGCCACGCCUAGCCCAGCGCGACGUAAGCCCGUCAAUCGUCGCUUCGAAGGUAUGCCUGAGUCUCCCUCAGUCAUCGAUUGGCAGAAGCUCUCCGCCUCGCCGAGCCCUCAAAACCAGCCGCUGCGCGUCGUGGGCGCCAGCCUCUUCUCUUUACCUUCAGAGGUGUCGAUGGCGCAGAAGGUGGCCAACGGAGAGCUCAGCAAGGGUCGUGGUCACGAGGAACCCAUGCCUCGGUCCACGAGCAAGGACAGCAACUUGACCGUGAGCUCGGGUGCAUCGCAGCGCUCUGCUCGCAGGAGAAGUCGCAGCGUUGGAGCCAUGGACGUGCCUGCCUUCGUAGUUCCAUCGCUCACCGUCGAAGCACCAGCGCCAGCGAAAGCUCCGGCAGCGGUCUUCCCGGCGGACGGCUUCUUUGCGCCGCAGACCUCUCGCUCGCAACAGCGUACGCCCACGCAGCAGAGCGUCUCUGCCUUUGCUGCCUCCCCCUCUCGCAAGCCUGUGCCCAAGAUGAUUCCCGAUCCUGCUCCCAUACCCGCCACCGGCCUCUCGCCUCGCGGCCACAAGUCGGAAUUCUCAGUCGACUCUGUCUCGUCGGCCUCGGAUUCGGGUGACUCAGAGGAGGCUCCGCUGACGGAGACGGUGCAAGCUGCUCGUCGCGUGCAGCUUGUUGGAACGAGGGCAAAAGCUACGGCUCUCAGCAGCCCGUCGAUGCGCUCUAGCCCAUCCGGGUUCUCGCUGCGAUCGCCUUUGCUGAAGGCCAGCCCGAUUCCUACUGUCAAUAUUCUCCCUCCCUCUUCGCCGAGCGUCAAAUCGCCCCUGUCCUCACCGCAGGCUCAACCCGAGACGCCAGCGAACGCAAGCAAGGCAGCGACAGCGGCUGCGUCCGUGGCCACUCCGCCUUCGAAAAAAGCCUCUGUGCGCUCUCCCCCUGGAUCUGCAGAGUCCCUUGUCGCCGACCUGAGCGAAGAGGAAAUCCGACGUCGCUGGUCGAGGAGGGACAGCUGCAUUCUCGCCCUCUCCCUUGCUCACUGCUCAGUUGACGGAAUCGACGAGGAGGACGAGGAAGAGGAGCGCCUCAGCGAAGCCGCGCAGGCUGAGCCGGUUCUCGCCAAGAUGAGCUCUCCUUCCGUUGACAUGGCCUCGCUCCAUUCGCUGGAGUCGACGGCCCCGCUCAACAUCAAGCCGCGAAACAAGCGCUCUCCUGCCGUCACGCCCACUAGCAGCGAAAACAGCCUGCCGCAGACCGAGAGCUUCGGUCAUCCCAGCGCCAGCGGAAGUGCCAACACGCUCAGCAGCAAAGGCAGCAGUGCCUUCGAGUCGCUCUUCUCUACGAGCUUGGGAUCGCUUAUUAACAACGAGGAAGCAAUGGCCAACCUGGGCAACUACGAGGAUAGCCAUAUUCCGGCUCGUCCAACCCACGCAGCUCCCGCAGCUCCCCGCGUUGCACCUCCCGCAGCCGUACCGCAGCUCGUGGCCUUCGGCCCUUCGCAGGACUCCUUGGGUACGGCGGCCACUGCCGCCUCAAUGCCCUCACUUGACUCGUCCGCCUCUGGCUCGAGCUCUAUGGCGUCCACUUCGGACAACAUUGCGGAAGCAGCGCAACCCGCACGCAAUGUCGCUGCCACUCCCUCCCCGCGACUCGACGCCAACAACUCUCUCGGCGUCACUCUGCUGGGCAUGACUUCCUCCGACUCUCAUGGAAGCAUGGCCACGACUGUUCGCACCUCGAUCUUCGAGCUUGGCGGGCCAUACGAGAACGAAGAGCAGAUGGAGGUAGAGGAGCAGCCCCGCAAGUACACGCAUCGCGCUCAGUUGAGCGAGGGAGCGUUUGAAGACCCGAGCCUCACUCCUACCUCGUUCAAUGAUGGCUCUUUCGGUGACAAGAAGAAGAAGGACAGGGCACUUUCGCCUCGCUUGGAGAUCAAUGUUUCUGAGCAUGACACCGACGACGGUGGGGAGUCGCCUGGCCUGGCGUACACGCAGCAAUUUGGGCCUGUAGGACACUACGCUGGAGGCAGGUUGAGCCCGAGCGUCCACAGCAGGGCCUCACGAUCACCAAGCCCGGCUGCGUCAACACGUACUGUGCGCGGCGCAGGGCAUCGCUCGCCCACGCCCUCGACACGCUCCGUCACGCCCACCCAAGAGUCCACUUCCACCCCUCCCGCACCUGUCGCGCCCGUCUCUGGUCUCGGCCUGGGCCUCGACCUCGGUCCUCAAGCUCGAGUCAUGCAACCAGCCAGCACUCCCAUCAAGGCCGCAUACGGCGGAUCUGUGCCGGAAAUGGGACAGUACCAUGACUAUCACGCCCAUCAGGCUUUCAACUUUGGGCAGGAACAGGUAGCGGAGAUGGGCGUUGGGGAGUGGCAGCAAAGCGAGGGCGGGGCUUACUACCCUCAGUACUCCCAGCAACAUGGGACCUACGGCGCGAGAAAGGCUGUGCAUGAUGAUGCGUAUUUGUGCGAUUACUCCCACUCUGCCCCUGAAGGUGUGAGGGCCGGCGGCAGUGGAGAGUGGGAGAUGGGUGUUGCGCUCUAAUUUGGCUGCAGUAGCCUGGAUCUGCUUUACUUCGCCUUCUUUCCGACUUUCUUUUGCUCUGCUUUCCACCACACUCUUUGCUCUCCCACCUGUCUCUCGAUCUUCAGAAAUUGUACU